AUGACCACUCUCUCCUCCAAACGCGACUCCAUGGACGCCACAACCUCCGACCUAUCCAACAAACUCGAAUCCACCACUCUCUCCACCGCAUCUCCCACCCCUAAACGCUCUCCCCUAACCCUAACCUCCCUCCCAACCUCAAUCCGCAACCGCAUCUACUCCCACCUCCUCGACACCGAGCUCGUCAACCUCUCCCAGCCCAACGUCUCCUACACGCACACCCUAACCUCCUCCCUCCUAACCUUCACUCCCUCCCGACCCCCCUUCCCCACCACCACCUCCCUCUUCACCCUCAACCGGCACCUCAGCCGCGAAACCCUCCACUACUUCUACUCCACCAACCUCUUCAUCCGCCUCGAGCUCUACACCGCAGACGCCCGACACGCCAAAACCAUGCUCACGGACUCAGGCAUCCUCUUCGUGCCCUCCUGCCCGCCCACCUCCGCCACCCGCCACGCCCUCGACCUCACGCUCGUCGAGAAGAACAGCAGCCAGAAGCGCGCAGAAGUCAUGUUCCCCGCACAGUACCUCCCCCGCCUCAUCAACUUCUGGGACCAAGCCAAGAAGGCGACGAAGUCGUGGGCGAGCAACCACUCGCUGUUCGUCAAGGUGCUGAAUACGUACGGUUUCGGGCUCGCGAGGUUCCAGGGCGAUGUGCUGGAGUUGUUGAGGUUGGUGAAUGGAUUUGGCGCUGUGACGAUUGAGGAGGGGGAGGCGGGGAGGUUGUUGCCUGGGUAUAAGGAGGGGUUGCAUGAGAGUUUGACGGUGGGGGAGGUUACGGCGGAGGGGGUGAAGGGGGUUGUGGAGGGGGCCGUGGAGAGGGCGGAGGAGGCGCUCGGGAGGGGCGAGCACGAGUUGAGUGCGCAGUUGGCGCAGUCGGGGGUCGUGACGCUGACGUAUGCGUAUCUGACGAGGCCGGAGACGCUGCAUAUGCAGGCGGAUGUGUUCCAUAAGGCGAUUCAGAGGUUGAGGUGGCGGUGCGAGUUGAUCACCGCGAAGGCGCUGUUUGGACAGCAUGAGGAGGUCACUUCGUCGAAGGGGGAUUGGGUGUCUUCGACGUCCGCCGCGGUUGAUGUCUCGAAACGACAGGAGGUUGCGAGAGAUAUGCUGGCCGCGGAGACAGCGGCAUCUCGAGCACUCUCCUUGGCCACGGAUUCUCCAUCUCCAAAUUCUAACCCCUGGUUCCAGAGUCUUCCUGCUGAGCUCAUUCCGCCGAACAAGAGAGAAUGGUUCACUGACGAGGAGAGGGGGGAGUCUUGGUAUGUCUGCGGCAUUGUACAUACUGCGGUUGGUGAGCCUCUGUUUGCAGCCGGAGAUCUCGAACGUGCAUGUGGGUUGAAUCCAAACGGAAAGGGAUUUGAGGAUGCUUUUCAACGGGCGAGAGAGGGUAUUGACUGGAACAUUAAACCAGGUACAGGGCUGAAGAAGGUUGCUCGAUUGGCGAGGCAGUGA